AUGGUGCUGCGGUCGCACUACCUGACAUGGUGGAAAAGAAGGAAAGGCUCUCCGGAGUAUUUGAGCUACCCGGCACUGAAAGGUAUGACUGUUGACAUCCCGCUCGCACUUACUGAGGGGCUUAAAAAUGUGCCUCGACACUACGGCGACACUCCUCGUGAUCACGGCCCGGUGACUGGAUUGAAAAGUGGUGCAACGGUCACCGGGAAAACUUUUGCGUGGGGUUUCAUUGACGGUGUCAGUGACAUUGUUGUAAAGCCAAACCAGGGAGCUCAGAAGGAAGGAAUGAAGGGUGCCGUUAAGGGGUUGGGUUAG